UGUUCAAGAGGCGGGGAUACUGCAGCGUCUCACUGAUUGCCCAUACAUCAUCGGUUUUCUGGGCUUGUGCAUCGAACCCCAUCAUUAUGCAAUUGUCAUGGAAUUUGCAGAGUAUGGAAAUUUGGAAGACAUGUUGCUGUGUGGAAUGAACGAACAUCCAGUCAUCAAGCAAUGGGACCGCCGCUUUCAGAUGGCACUAGAAAUCGCCAAAGGAAUGAACUAUUUACACAGUCUGCAACCACCGAUUAUUCACAGAGACUUGAAGACAAAGAAUGUGGUGGUGUCGAACACCUACCACUGUAAAAUAAUUGAUUUUGGGUUACCAAAAUUUCAAGAAAUUUUAACAGCAAGUAGCAUUGAAGGAACCGUAGCAUUUACCGCACCCGAGGUAUUUGGUGGAACAGUCGAAGAGAUAAAGGAAACAAAAAUCGAUGUUUACUCAUUUGCUAUUGUUCUUUGGCAGCUGAUUGAAAUGAAACGAGUCUAUAGUUGUGAUGUUUCUCCUGCUGUCAUACGAGCAAACGUUCUGGCAGGUGAGAGGCCCUCAUUCAGUGAUAAUGACUAUACAGGUGGAUGUAAAAAGAUUGUUGUACGUUGCUGGCAUGAACAACCCGAGUGCCGGCUAGACUUCGAAGAGAUUAUAACUAUGUUGGAUGGAAUCAUGAGCAAAAGAUAUUCGGAUCGUUCUGCGAGUGCCAAUGGAAAUGCUGUUGAUAGCAGAAGAAACGUUUCUACAUGUACUGCUAUGGAACAGUUAUCUGAUGAAGAUGAUACAUCGUUGGAUUUUGUGAGACCCAUUGAAAAUCAUGAUCACAGAGCAACUACGGCUGGUUCAUUUGUGUCCAUGGGUGCUGUUGCUUCUGUGGAGAAUCAGUGUAGUCAAGGUGGCAGUUGUUCUACUGCAAUGUUGGCAAAUGCUUAUCGUGAAGAUAGUCAUUCAAAUACCGCUUUUGAUUGCAGUGGGAGCACUGGCUCUGAGUCUGGUUUCUAUGAACAAGACAGUGAUGUAACUGGAAAGACGUCACAGCAGCAGUUAGAAAUGCAAGCAGGUUGCACAUGUACUGUGGAGGAGAUUGUGUCUGUAGCUUCACAGAUUUCUACUCAUUGGGUUAUUCUUGUUUGUCUUCUCAAACCUUCGUUGUUCUCGGUAGACAAGAUAGAUGAGAUAAAGGAAAAAUACCCAGAAAUUUUCUCGCAAGCUCGAAAGGCACUAACCAUGUGGACUAGCCAAUUUGUUGACAAGGCCACACGACAAUUGCUUAUAAAGGCAAUGUGUGACAUGCGUGUGGGUUGCAGAAUUGUAGCAAACGCUGCUUUUGGAGAGCAAUUGGUAGCAUAUGUUAGCCCUCUUGAAUAAUUUUAUAUGUAUGCUAUUUUUAUGCAAUUUUUCCAGAUUUUUGUAGAAUGUGAACAAUAUUUGAUUUACAUUGUUUUAUUUCAAUAACUUUGUUUGAAGUACUUGACUUAAUUAAUGUUGCUACUUG